AUGCGCCUCGGUGCCUGGACUCCCCUGGUGCACCCUGGUGCCCGCUGCAUCUCUGUGCGCUCUGCUACUGGCUGGGCCCGGUGUCCCCCGCUGCGGUCCCACUGCUGUCUGGGCCUGGCCUCCAUGGUGAUCGUCUUCUUCUGCAACUCCUACUACAUCAUGAUCCUGGUGUGGGGUCUCUUCUACCUGGUGCACUCGCUGACGGACACCCUGCCCUGGGCCACCUGCGGCCACGCUUGGAACACGGAGCAGUGCGCCGAGCUCUUCCACCUCGAGCUCUGCCGCAAUGGCAGCACCAACGCCAGCACCGGCACUGGGCCCUUCAACCUCAGCUGCGCCGACCUGGCCAACAAGCGCUCGCCCGUCAUUGAGUUUUGGGAGAACAAGGUGCUGCGGCUCUCAGGGGACCUCAGCGAGCCGGGGGAGAUGAACUGGCAGAUGAUCCUCUGCUUGGUCACCACCUGGGUCAUUGUCUACUUCUGCAUCUGGAAGGGCGUCAAGUCGACCGGGAAGAUUGUCUACUUCACGGCACUCUUCCCCUACGUGGUCCUCAUCCUGCUGCUGGUCCACGGAGUGACGCUGCCCGGGGCGCUGGGUGGCAUCGUCUACUACCUGAAACCCGACUGGUCCAAGCUGGCCGAGGCGCAGGUCUGGAUCGACGCCGGCACCCAGAUCUUCUUCUCCUAUGCCAUCGGGCUGGGCGCCCUGACCGCGCUGGGCAGCUACAACCGCUUCCACAAUAACUGCUAUAGGGAUGCCUACAUCCUGGCCGUGAUCAACAGCUCCACCAGCUUCUUUGCCGGCUUCGUCGUCUUCUCCGUGCUGGGCUUCAUGGCCUCCGAGCAAGGCGUGGACAUCUCCAAGGUGGCUGAGUCCGGCCCUGGGCUGGCUUUCAUCGCCUACCCCAAAGCCGUGACGCUGAUGCCCUUGUCCCCGCUCUGGGCCACGCUCUUCUUCUUCAUGCUCCUCGUGCUGGGGCUGGACAGCCAGUUUGUCGGUGUGGAGGGUUUCAUCACGGGCAUCCUGGACCUGUUCCCCCAGCCGGGGGCUGGCUCGCUGCGCCGUGAGCUCACCGCUGCGCUCUGCUGCCUCGUCUGCUGCCUCAUCGACCUCUCCAUGGUCACGCAGGGCGGCAUGUACGUGUUCCAGCUCUUUGACAACUACUCGGCCAGCGGGAUCACGCUGUUGUGGCAGGCUUUCUGGGAGUGUGUGGUCAUUGCCUGGGUCUACGGCGCUGACCGCUUCAUGGACGACGUGGCCCGCAUGAUCGGCUACCGGCCCCUGCCCUUCAUGAAGUGGUGCUGGGCCGUGGUGACGCCGCUGGUCUGUGUGGGCAUCUUUGUGUUCCAUGUGGUGAACUACAAGCCGCUGACCUACAACAAGACGUACGUGUACCCGUGGUGGGGGGAUGCCAUCGGCUGGGUCCUGGCACUCUCCUCCAUGCUCUGCAUCCCCUGCACCGUCCUCUACAAGCUCCUGCGCUGCAAAGGCUCCUUGCGCGAGGUGAGGGCAGCGUGGGCAAGCCGGCAGUUCCUGCCCCACCGGCAACGCACACCGUAA